AUGCCUCCAGUACAGCCUCCCAAUGAUCAGCCAACUAAACCAAAGUCCGCAUUGGACAUUGUGGUUAAUCAAUUAGUUAGAGCAUCUGUGGGAGGUAAUAUUCCGUCAUCUCUUAGUGAUGAGGAUUUGGACAAAUAU